UACGUGGUGAAUUUGAAUUUAAAAAAAAACCGUAAAAAUCAAUAAAAUAUCAAAUUAGAUAGCCUUGUUUUUAUUUAAAAAAAGAGUUUCCAUUUCCUAGUAUUGCUCUAUUAGAUUCAUUAUAUACACUACACUUUCUCCUUCAAAUUCCACUGUCUCUUUCUCUGUGCUAUCCUUGACUUCACCACAACACACAUCAUCAUCGUCUCCACAAUGACGACUCUUCUUCAAUCUUUCAUCCAAGUCCACCCAGAUUCCCACUUUCCCAUACAGAAUCUCCCAUACGGAGUCUUCAAACCCCAACCCACUUCUUCUCCUCGUCCCGGUGUCGCCAUCGGUGACUUCGUUCUCGACCUAUCUGAGAUCGCUUUUGCUGGACUUUUCAAUGGCCCUCUUCUCAAUAACUCCGAUUGCUUCCACCAGCCUAAUCUAAAUAAGUUUGUAUCACUCGGAAGACCAGCAUGGAAAGAAGCUCGUGCCACUCUUCAAAAGCUAUUAUCAUCAACUGAGCCAAUCUUGAGGGACAAUGAAGUUCUGAGGCAGAAAUCACUUGUGCCUUUGAGCCAAGUAGAAUUGCUUCUCCCUGUUGUAGUUGGGGACUAUACAGACUUCUUUUCGUCUCUGCAUCACACUAAAAAUUGUGGACUCAUAUUUCGCGGGCCACAGACUCCUGUUCUAGAUAAUUGGUAUCAUCUGCCUGUUGCAUAUCAUGGACGGGCAUCUUCUGUUGUUAUUUCGGGAACUGAUAUUAUUCGACCAAGAGGCCAAGCUCAUCCCGCCGGAAGUUCUUCACCCUACUUCGGCCCUUCUUUAAAGCUUGACUUUGAGUUGGAAAUGGCUACUAUUGUUGGACCUGGAAAUGAACUGGGAAAACCUGUGGAUAUUAACGAUGCUGAAGAUCACAUCUUUGGACUUGUUCUACUGAAUGACUGGAGUGCUCGAGAUAUUCAGGCUUGGGAGUAUAUUCCUCUUGGUCCUUUUCUUGGAAAAAACUUUGCCACAACGAUAUCGCCUUGGAUUGUGACCCUGGAUGCAUUGGAACCUUUUGCUUGUGAAGCCCCUAAACAGGAUCCUCCUCCACUUCCUUACUUGGCCGAAAAAGUAUCCAAAAACUAUGAUCUUUCACUAGAGGUUCACAUUAAACCUGUUGAUCACAAAGAUUCGACCGUUGUGACACGGAGUAACCUCAAACACUUAUAUUGGACAUUGACUCAACAACUUGCUCACCACACAAUCAAUGGUUGCAACCUGAGGCCAGGCGAUCUCCUUGGAACCGGGACAAUUAGUGGCCCUGAGCCAGAGUCGCGUGGAUGCUUGUUAGAGUUAACCUGGAACGGACAAAAUUCGCUGAAUGGUUUAGAUAGAAAAUUUCUUGAAGAUGGAGAUGAAGUCGUCUUAACUGGAUUUUGCAAGGGAAAUGGUUACACUGUUGGGUUUGGCACCUGCUCAGGCAAGAUUGCUCCACCAGCUCCUUGAGGGCAGUAUUUUUCCAGUGGUGGUGUGGUUGUUGAAGCUGUAGAAUCAGGAAGCACUUCUCCUUUAUUAUACAUGCAAAUUAUUAAGUGCUUUUCUGCUCGGAAUGAGACUUGAAUAAAACUGGCUUUUAUGAGGAUUGUUAUGUUCUUUUAUGGCCUAUUAAGCAUGGAUAAUAAAUUGAGAUCUAAUAAUGACUUUAACGUUCUCUCAGGAAAUGUUUCUCAAGAUUAGUUAUUUUGUUGUUAAAUACUACCCAAGUUCUUGGAAAA